UUCGGCUCCGCCCACCCCUCCAGGUUGUCAUAGUGAUGCCGUUUCCACUGAGUCUCCGGAUCCUAACAGCUGGAAGCUAAAAACAGGCUCCAUGGAGUACACAGGGAGCAAAUAUAUCGGGGAAUAUGUAGAUGGGAGGAUGGAGGGCAAAGCCAAGUACAUCCUCCCUACUGAAACAAUAUAUGUUGGGGAAAUGAAGGACGGUGUGUUUCAUGGCGAAGGAACUCUGUACUUCCCCAGCGGGAGCCAAUAUGAUGCUGUUUGGGAAAAUGGAUUGGCCAUAAAGGGCACAUACACCUUUGCAGACGGGCUGCGCUAUGAUGAGAAGAACUGGCAUUACUGCGACGGCUAUGAUCGGAGGUUUUACACAGAAAUCCUCAAUGGCCUGAAGCCUGCAGGUAUGGCUCAACUCACCAAUAUGGACCCACCUAGAAAAAUACCCAAGGGCUAUUACGAUUGUGGAGACGGCUUCUAUAACCCCAUCACGAGGGUAGUCAAGGACUACAGGAACCGCUUUCUGAGAAACGCAGGUAGGUUUCUUUCGACACUGCAACUCUUUUUCUCUUCAUCCACAUAUAAGUAUGUGCAUCUGUAUGUACAAAUGUAUGCACACACUUGAUGAGAAAAAAGCUUUUGCUGAUGAAAGACAAAAAUUGAUUACCUGGAUGUUUUAUCUUGUGGACUUCUCAUGGCAAAUCUGUACAUAGUACUAGAGGGAGGUAAAAGGACAUUCGUGGUCUAGCUGUGAUGGCACAUAAAUGUCGCACUGAAAGGAUUAAGGUACUUAUUUUUGCAUGCAUUCCUUCGAUUUUAAUGGGCACCUACUAUAUGCUAGACAGUGUGCUUGGUGUUGGGGAAAAAGCAGAGCAAAGCUGGACACAGCCCCCCUUCCUUGUGGAGCUUGCAUUCUAAAGGUGGCAGCGUAGUACUAGAAACAGUUAAUUGCAUCAUGGAACAAACACAAUGAAGGGCAAAACAUGGUCCUGCAGGGAAGGGAAAGUAGGGGCCCCAGAGAGGUGGGACAGAUGCUGUGGGAGCACAAAGAAGGGGUAUCAAAUCCCGAAGUGGUAAGUCAGAGGUUUCAAGGAGGAAAUGACUUCUAAGCUAAGACCUGAAGAAUAACUGGGAUUUGACCACAAGGCUUGGGGACAGGGUUUCCCAUCAAGAGGAAAUGGGACAGGCAACAACCUAGAGGGGAGUGAUCCCUUGAGGUCCAAGAAGGUUGGUUCAUCUUUUAGUCAGGGGAGUAGGUACCUUGGAGGAUCCAGAACCUCAGUUUGGUGAGUCAACACAAGGCUGAUCAGACUGAGAAGAACCCAUUUGCAGUGACCACACUCACAGGAGAUCAAUACACAAAUAAUAGGAACAUUUUCCUUUAAUGCAGUGAUUCCUAACCUUACCCUUUUCUGAAGUCACACUCCCGCUAGGAGUAUCAAAAGAUAUGGACCCUCUUGCUAGAAAAAUGUCCAUGCAUGCACACACACAAGCACACAUGUGCACACAUGUGCCCACACGCACGCACGCGCGCACACACACACACACACACACAUUUUGCAGAUAGCCUUAAGGGAUGAAUGGUCCCUCUAAAGACCCAGAUCAAGAAACCUUGCUCUAUAAUGAGAAAGAAACUUCCAGGUAGACCAGACCAUCUGUGCUGGUAGAUGACAGCAUCAUCUUCCUAUAGGGAAAUUUACUCAGUAAGUCAGUGAUGACCAGAAAGCUGCCUUGUGGGGCUAGAAUAAGAGCAAGGAGAAUUGUCAGCUGAUCCUAUGACUGGAAUCCUGGAGCUAAGACACCCCUAACCCAUUGGAUGCUACUGGAGGAACAUGGUAAAUGCUCACACUCCAAGUCCCCCGGCUCACAUUUCUUCAAUGACUUCCCUUUUCCAUUUGCACAAUGCACUACUCUGUAGCAUGCUAACUCUGCUGGGUGCUAAUACAUUUACCAUGAAGUUUCUUAGUCAAAUAAGAUAGGGAGAUAUUGCCCUAAACAAUGCUAACCAGGCUUAUUUACUGCAGAACUUCUCAGGGCCUUUAAUAUGCUAAUAUACUUUGUACUUUUCCUUCAUGGCACUUAUUUCAACAUAAUUAAAUGUAAUUAUUUGCUUAAUAUCGAUCUCUCCCACUAGACUGUAAGAUCCGUGUGAGAAGGAACUCUGUAUUAUCUUGUGUCAGUAAGAGUUCAGUCAGAAAAAUGGAAAGAGGCCUGGCGUUGUGGCUCACGCUUGUAA